AUAAAGAAAGGAAGAAAGGAAGGAAGGAAGGAAGGAAGGAAGGAAGGAAGGAAGGAAGGAAGGAAGGAAGGAAGAAGAAAAAGGGGAGAGUUAUUUUUCGCGUGCUCGAGUUCUAUACACACCGCAUGUUUCGAACGUAUUUCACAAUGGUCCCAACUAUCGUCAUCGUCAUUGUCAUCAUCUCGCUCUCUAUAUUUCCCUCUUUCUACUUAUCUCUUCCGCCUAUCAUCUCUCUCCCACCCUAUCAACGCAUCUCUCCCUCUCUUUCCCCUCCUUCUCUCUCUCUCUCUCUCUCUCUUUCUUUCUCUCUCUUACUCUCUUUACCGAUCGUUCCCUCCCUUUCUACCAUCAUCUCUACGUUCUGCUACCCCUUGGUGAGGUGGCGGUCCAGAGCGCAGAGCGCGUCAGCCGUGCGGGAUGCUGAAUCCAAAGGAGAUUCAGUUGUACGCCUGGCUGCUCUGCCACUGUGCACUCUGUGCGCGUUUCAUAACGUUCUUCUUUCUCUGAGUUGAAAACUGUCAAAUCUUAGACGACAUAUUUUUUUUUUCUUUUCUUUAUCAUCUCUCUCUCUCUCUCUCUCUCUCUUUCUCUCUCUCCCUCUCUCUCUCUCUUUCUCUCUUCUCCCCCUCUCUCUGUCUAUUCUUAUCUAUUGCUCCAUUUCUCCAUCUUUUAUUCUCUUUUUUCUUUCUUACGUUCUUCUCCUUUCUCUUUUUCUCAUCGUCAUUCCCAAUUUCCUUUUUCCACAUUUCCCAUUAUUUCAUUUCGUUGCAUCGCAUUCUCUUCCGGGGUUCAUCUCGCCGACGGAUCUAACGAGGAAUGGACUUUUUGUGAAAGAAAGGCGUGUACCGAACAUCCACGAUUACAGGCUACCGUCACGUCGGAGGGGAAGGGGGUGGAGAGAACAGGACACGAGGAUGGGUGUCUAUGUGAUUGGGAUAGUUGGCGUUAUCGUGUUUUACGUGGCUGUACUCGCCGUUGGUAUUUGGGCUGCGUUUGUAAAAAGAAAGAAAAGUCAACAGCAACAUGGCCAAAACGACAUGAUAUUGGCGAAUCGUCGAUUAGGACCAUUGCUUGGUGUCUUCACGCUCGUAGCCACGUGGGUAGGUGGUGCAUACGUGAACGGAACUGCUGAAGUUAUGUAUACGAAGGGUUUACUUUGGUGUCAGCCGCCGAUUGGUUACAGUCUGAGUCUUCUCUUUGGCGCUGUACUAUUUGUGAGACCAAUGAGGAAAGCCGAGUAUGUGACGAUGUUGGAUCCUUUUCAAGAACGAUAUGGUGCCGGAGUUGGUGGACUACUCUUCAUUCCGGCACUAUUUGGUGAUUUGUUUUGGUGCGGAACGGUAUUGAAAGCUUUAGGAAGUUCAUUGGUCGUCAUUGCUGACGUUGAUCCACAUUUGAGCAUUUGUGCAUCGGCAUUGUUAGCAGCCAUAUAUACCGUUUUCGGCGGACUCUAUUCCGUAGCGUGUACAGACGCUCUCCAAUUGGCUUGCAUAGUUCUAGGACUGGCUAUCACAGCACCGUUUUCCAUAUUCCAUCCGGCUACAUCGUUUGAAAAGAAUUUAUCGUCUAGGGAGUGGCUCGGCGAAAUUAAAAACGAGGAUCUAGCGACGUGGAUCGAUGGCAUGCUUUUACUCGUAUUCGGUGGAAUACCAUGGCAGGGAUACUUUCAACGAAUAUUGAGCUUUCGAAGCACGACCGUUGCAACAACGUUAUCGAUAGCUUCAAUGUUCUUCUGUAUAAUGCUCGCUGUACCUUGCGCUUUGAUCGGUGUUGUGGCACGUGCAACGGACUGGACGAUGAUCGAGGGUCCGAACAAGACUCUGUCUUUCGAUGCUAAUGCUGCAUUACCUCUCGUGUUGAGGUACUUGACUCCACCAUGGGUUUCUUUCAUAGGCCUUGGAGCGAUCUCAGCUGCAAUAAUGUCUUCGGCAGACUCCAGCAUACUCGCUAGUAGUACUAUGUUUUCAAGGAAUAUUUAUAGACUCACACUUAGACCAAAGGCAUCCGAAAGAGAAUUAAAUUGGAUAUUACGUAUUUCGGUGCUAAUGGUCUCCGUUCUCUCGACUAUUUUCGCUCUCAAAAUUGACAGCAUUUAUUAUCUUUCGUAUCUCUCCUCCGAUCUUGUGUACGUCGUACUCUUCCCUCAGUUACUGGCGAUCAUUUAUUGGCCUUCGUUGGUCGAUACUUAUGGAUGCCUCGCGGGAUACUUUGUUGCUGUGGUAUUACGUGUCGGUGGAGGAGAAGAGGGUUUGGGUAUACCGGCACUGAUCGAGUACCCAUUUUACGACAAAGUGACCAGAACCCAGAAAUUUCCCUUCCGGACUGCCGCGAUGUUGUCGGCUCUCUUCGUGCAGAUCAUUGCUAGCUUCUUCACGCGAAAUCUUCUUGGAAAGGGAUAUUUCCCUCGUUGUUGCGACGUCCUUAGCGUUUAUUCACCUGGAAAGACAAAAGACCAAUCGGGGGUGAUACAGAGUAACUCGGGCGCAGCUCUAAUGGAUUCCUCUUCAGUAAACAAAUCAUUGUCGGGUAUAGAUGCAUGCGAUGGUGUCAGUGGUUGCAAUUAUGAAACUGAUAGGUCUGGAGCUCUCAGUUUAAACGAGGAUCCACGUUCUGAGCAACGUUGUUCCGAAAAUAACAUUGCUGUCAGCGAUUUUACAAAUAAUGAAACGAUAAGGGGAAACACCGUUGCAUCUGUCAUACAAAGAACCAAUCAAACUAGUCAAAGUUUUCACGGGAUCCCAAGAAAUUCUUCAGUCCAACCGAUCUCAUUGACUGGUAGGCAUGUACAACCGGCAACUAAUCAAUACGUUCCAAUACCGAUCAACGAAGCCAAUGCAACGUGUAGAGGUCAGAUUCUUGGAGUACGCAAUCUUCGAGAUUCAUUAGGUCAAAUGCUUUUACCAGUCGACAACAAUGUUUCUUCGUCUGGUGGUAAUGACGUUGGAAAUAUCAAUGCGAUUCCCUCGAAUACGACGAUACCAGCAUCUAUGUCAAUUGUUUCAUCUUAUAACAAGAUGUGUAAUGAGAGCACAACGACAAAUGAUAAAUUAUCGCGAGACUGUGAGAGAACUGUUGAUAGAAAUCCAGUGGAAUUUAAUUUAAAUGCUCAGGACAGUAUGCUUACAAAUGUUUGUGGUAAGAAGAAUGUUAAGGGUGUCAAAUUGGUCGGUAUGGAUGGUGGAACUUUGAGAAGACCGUCGUUACAAGGUACAUUCUCUCCAACACCAUCCGUAGAAUUGGUUCACAUUCUGGAUAGACGACAAAGUAGUGGUUCUUACGGUCCUGGAUCUUUAUCUCCAGUUCCAAUGGGCAUAGAAGCAUGUAAGACUCAUGGUACUGCACCCGAAGGACACAGCGGGAACGAACAUUGCAGAAUAAAAAGAGGGAUCGUCAGGCAUCACAGUUUUAACGACACCGGAGAUCGAGCUCUUACAACAUUGGCCAGACAACCGGCUUAUCCUUCGAUGCCGUUACGACCGGAGGAUUGUCGUAUGACUUUAGUGAAGAAGGACAAAAGAACGGGUAUGAUUGCUCGUCAUUCCUCCGUAACGAAUGAAAAGGAACUCGGUGGAUGUACGACCACCGGUGUCGUCAUCUGCAGCCCAAGUUACAGUAUGUACGGUUCAGCCGUUAAGAACUCCAAUUACUUUGUGACCGACGAUGAAGCGGUCAGCAGAUUUUAAAAGAUAAAACGUCGAAGUGGAAAAUUGAAGAGACUAAGAAUCGAUGACAAUCGUAGCUAUCUUCUCAUAGAUGAUAGGUCAGCCCCUUCGUACCUCUAUAUCUCAGUCCCAAUUUUUCAUUAUUGAUUUGUUCAGUAAACUUCUAUGAAAAUGUCAUACCUAUCCUUCUUUUUUUUUUUCUUCUUUUUUAAUAUACAUAUAUACAUCCUAUACAACACAACUUUCCGUUCCAUUGUUCAUUAGGUCGACGUAGGUUAUAGAUGGAACAGAUAGCUCGGCGUUUAUAACACGGCUGACGAAGCUGACGACGAACAUUUUCUUUUUUUAAAGCGACAUCAAGCGCACACGCAAAGGCAGGGUGGCUUGUGCCAUAUAGCAGAGAGCACGUGACAUAAGCAUUUCUAUCUGACAAAUACGUACAUGCAUAUAACAAAUACUCCUAGGAUAUAAACGCGUUCAUCCUUUUGUUUUAUCAUCAACGUAUAAAAACUAACAAAGACAAUCUGACGAUUAAAAAGAUACCCUACUAUUCUAGAUAUUCAUACAAUGAAAUGCUUGUGUUCGUACAACUCUAGCUAGCGUGCAAUAAUUGUUACACACAUUUGUACAUAACAAUUUAAUAUUUAUAACAAUUACGAAAAUGUCUACUUUCGCGUGCUCGAUCUUAAAGCCCAUAUUCGUCCAAUUUAUAAUUAUGCGAUGUUAUUUCAAACAAAAAAACACAUGAUCAUGUCUCGAAUGUGCUUGCGAAAGGAGAGAUGAUCGUGAGAGAUCGAUUAAAAACUUUCUUGUAUAACUUAUAUACAUUUGAAAUGUUUAGAGUAUCACUUGAGUCAAGUAGUUCAAAUCGAAACUAGUCAGACCCUGUCCAUUAAUCACCACUAUAUACCUCUUUACUGAUACAUAUAUUACGUUUAAGAUAUUAAUAGGACUGAAGUUUCGAUGUCCUUUAGUUUUCGAUAUCCAUCCUAUUUCAGACUGAAACAAAUGAAUUUUGUACAAAAAAAAAAAAAGGAAAAGAAGAGAGAAAUGAAUGAGGAGAAAAAUCGAAUAAGGAUGCAUCUUCUCUUUAGCCAAAGGCCCUUUUAGAUACAUACAUAAAAUACUUGUCGUUCGUAGGGAACAGAAGAAUUAUUUCUUUCUUUCUCUAUCUCUAUCUCUCUCUCUUUCUCUUUCUCUCUCUCUCUUUUAUGUCCAAUCUCAUCUGUAUAUAAUAUUAUAUUUAAUUAGUAUUUCAUAUUUCAUACUUACCACAUUACAUACAUAAUACGAUCUUCACAUACGUUCUUGCGAAAAUUAG